GAGAGUGGCGGUUCUCCCUAUGGUUCUCCCCUAGACAUUCUCUGUUGGAACCCACUCUGUAGUCUUGCAAGAUUAGUGCGCUUUGUAAAUUCGUACUUGACUGUACGAGGAUACUGCAAGGAAUAAGAAAUGGGAUCAGCGGAACUUCGGAAAGACCUGGAGAAGUAUUUGGAGGAACUCGGUAUCGAAACUGUGUCGGUUGACCAUCCAGAGGUGUUCACUGUGGAGGAAAUGAUGCCCCAUGUUCAGCACCUCAGUGGAGCAGUCACCAAAAACCUUUUUCUGAAGGACAAAAAGAAAAAGAGCCUGUGGCUCGUGUCCACCCGUCACGACCGCCAGGUCAACCUGAACGACUUGGCCAAGAAGCUGAGCCUGGGCAGUGGGAACCUCCGCUUCGCUGACGAAGCCAUCAUGGUGGAGAAGCUCAAGGUGAGCCAAGGCUGUGCCACGGCCCUCGCCCUGUUUUGCGACAAAGACCAGAGUGUCAAAUUCGUCCUGGACAGUGACCUGGUGGACGGCGGACACGAGAGGAUCUACUUCCAUCCCAUGACCAACGCGGCUACUAUGGGCCUAAAACCAGAUGACCUCAUGAAGUUCUUAAAAGAGACUGGGCAUGAGCCAGUCCUUCAGAGCUUUGACUAGUCAUUGGGCUUACAGAUACUCAUAUACAAAUCUUCUUUCUAUGAGUGACUGUGCUCAUACUAUAAGGCCUGUAAUGUCUUGUUACAAGCCUUAGUAAUUAUGUAAUUCUUCUGUUGCUGCGGCAUUGCUGAAUCAAAACUGAUGGGUGGAGUUGGUGCAUGAAUUUUUUUUACACAUAUGCGGUCAGUUUACCAACAAUAAAUGACACACAGGA